ACUCUCAACUGUUUCCAAAUUUCAACUGAUAACGAAAAUAUAAAAGAAACUAACUGCUAAAAUACACAGCUCAUUAAUCUACCAAUUUUCUCUCUGAAACGUUCUGCUAAGCAUACUCUUCCAAUCAUGAAAUUCCUGUGGCUGCUGACGUUCCUGCUGGCCAUCCUGGGCACCGCUCUGGCUCACACCCCAUCCUGCCCGAAGGGAUUCUCCCGUCAGGCUAACCAUUGCGUUUCGAAGCGCCCCGUCCAUGGCGAAUGCCCCAAGGGAUCCAAAUACAAUGUAGGAAUGAAUCUGUGCGUGCAUAAUUAGAAAAAAAAACGAUACUAAAGAUAA